AUGUCCGACAAAGAGCUCCGUCUGCGACUGCUCGUCCGCCGUCAUGGCGUCCCUGAGGUCAAGCUCGUGUGGAACGUGCCCACGGGCCCCGAUUGGACCAUCGCAAAGCUGAUUGCCCAAGUCGACGAGGCCAUUCCCCUUGAGAGCGGCGAGUGGGGUCUCGAGGACUACGCCGUUGAGCUAAGGGGUCCUGACGGCGAACCUUUUGAGUGUCUGCACUUCCAACAAGUCUCCAAGGUCCUGAAGGACGACGAUCAGGUGAUUAUUCGAUCCCUCCUGACCGAGGACAUCAAGCGUCGCCGUCUCAGUGGGAGACACCAGGUCUCCUUCGACGGCAAACAUCUCGUUGAUGGCCUCGCUUUCGGCCGACCUUGGCUCAGAACGCCACGCGACCGUCCACAAGUGGAACUGCCGCCCCGAAAGCGAGCCCGACUUACAUGGGAAAGCGAUGACGAUGCUGCCGCCUCCAAUCCUCCCGACGGUUCAGACGAAGACGCGGACCGAUCCCCUUUACUCAUAGAAUAUGACAAAGAUGAUCGUUCCACGAAGGGCCACUCCAAGAAUGUCAGAUUCCACGCCGAACGAGACGAGGACUCAAAGGACAUUACUAGGGAUGAGGAGGGUGCUGAGGACGAAUUCGGAGCAGAUGACUUCCAGUCCGGCAGUGAAAGCUCUGACAGCGAGUCGGUCAUGGAAGAUGACGAGGCGAGUUUACUUGACGAGCUCAAGGACAUUCAGGAGGACCAUGCCGCUGUAGAGGGCGAUCAUGAGGACCAUGAGGUGCAACUGCCGCCUCACCAGGUUCAGCAGAUAUCAGAGUCUCCUCUACAGCCACAACUCGUGACCGUUCAGGCAUGGAUCGCCUCUUUGCGUAUCUCCUUUCCCGAAAAGUCCGUUGAAGAAAUUUCUCAAGCCUUGAUAGAAAGCCACUACGACACCUGGGAGGCAUAUCGUCGUCUAGACCGCCAGCUUUAUCUCCAACAGGAUCAAUCGAGCCCUGUACGACCGUCGAACCCUGGUCCACCCGAUGUGGCAUCCAUCAGCAGCUCAUCGAGUGCCAGCUCCAGCUCCAACUCGAGUUCCGAGUCGGACUCGGAUCUGGACACAAGAAACAAACCACGAGAGAGACUAGCUAUCGACUCGGACGAAGAUUCGGACGACGACUCGGAUUUUGAUGCAGAUGAUGCCAACGAUGAUAGCUCAUCAUCUGACUCCUCAUCUGACUCCUCAGACUCAUCGUCCUCGGACUCGGAGGGCUCCGAUUACAGUCCUUCCAGAAGGACAGCUGUCUCGCGCAAAGCCGUACCGGUAUCGACAAUCGCAGAUGGUGAUCUCUCGGAGAAUGAUGACACUGUCAUCCGAUACCCUAUGCAAGAUACGCUAGCUACGGAAAUUUCUGAGGAAGACAGCAGCAGCAGCAGCAGUGACAGUAGCAGCGAUGACUCUAGCUCCGAAUCGGAGCCUGAAGAGCUGACCAGCAAGGCUCCGAUUAGUCUAUCAAGUAAACAAGCCGCUGUGUCAGCACCACAACCGUCUUCCUCCGUUGUCGAGAACGAUGACCAGCCGCUCGUGCCGCCAGGACAUGGAAUGCGUAAGACACAAAAGAGAAACCUUAGGCGACGGUUGGCCAAGAAAAUGGCAUCCAGAGAUCAAUCAGAACUGAGCAUCAAUGAGCCUUCUGCCGCUUCCACGCCUGAUGCCUCCAAAUCUCGGGAGGAAGCAGAGUUACUGGCACGGAAAAAGGCACUCCUUGAUAUGAUGGAAGUAGACACAUCCGUACCAUCGGCAAGUCCGCUCAAGUUGAACAAGUAUCCCGAGUCUGCACCCGCAGAUCUAUCAGGUAUCACAAGUCCUUCAACGUCCCCAGUAGGCGCUGUUGAAAACAGAGACGGGCCAAGCGAACAUUUGGACGCGACCUCGUCGGCAGCAAGUCGCCGCACCAAGUUGAAUGUCGAUGCGGGGCGUCGGAUGCUGUUUGGCGCUUUGGGUCUCCGCAACCCAAAGACUAAAGCUGACGAAGAGAAGUUGCGCACCAGGUUGAUGAAGGAUGUGCGACCACAUAUCAACCCUCGCGUUACUGACGCAGAGGGCAGUCAGGCGGCAGCAGUAGUGCAGGCUACCGAAGAAGUCGAGGAGGAAGACCCGGACGCCUGGCGCCAGAAGAUAAACUGCAGCGCGGUUGAGUGCUGUGACGAAGGCAUCGUGCUGUCUGAACCGCCAUUCCCUUUUGUGCAGCGGUGGGAUCCUCAGCAGCAGUACGAUCCGUCACAGAAGAAGGGCAAGCGCAAGCGACCUCAGCGGAAUGCUUCUCAGUUCUACCAGGAGGAUGACUCGCAAGCCUGGAAGAAGCAGAGAAAUUCCUUCGGAGAUGACAGUCACGAUGCAUCAUAUGCCACAGAAGGGGACUUCACGCAGGAUGAUAUUGUUCUCCAGUACGAUGACGCUCCCGAAGAAGAGGCUCUACCAGCGCAGAAAGCCCAAGCAAAUAGACAUGUGCCUGAUGUCGAAGACUUGCCACCGCUCCCAGCAGACUUGUCCACACUGAAAGACCUGGCCCCCGGAAAGGCAAAGCCGUACAUGGUAAUCACCUGGAAGCAGUGGAUUCUUUCCGGGCAGACAAAUUGGCAACCUCAGCUCUCCAACGUGACGGCUGUCGUUGUCAAGGUCGCAGGUAACGACGGCGCCGAUCUACGACUGCUUCUGGCCAUGAGGGACAGAGGGCUUGACAAGCCCGAGAAGACGUAUGACCAAGGCACCGGCAAGCGCAUAUACGACAAGUUUGAGGCCCCUGAUAUCGACGAAGACGAAGAUGAAGACGAGGUUGACGAUGGCUAUCGUGAUGUACGGUUCAACGAACUGAUCGAGCCUAAGGUUCUACUUGCUGCAGGUACCCAGAAGCAGGAUGGCUGGACUGACAGUGUCGUGCGGGAGACACAGUACGAAGAAGGCAGAGAUCGAGACGAGAGACUUGCCAACGGGUAUGAGGAUCAAAUGAUGACAACUACGGCGGAACAGCCCGUGGAGGCUGACGGUAUGCAGGGUGAUUUAGGUUCUGGUAGCAGUGCCGCUGUUUUGGAGCAUGCUGCUAGUCCUACGCAGCAGAAUCAUGAAGAGGAGGAUGCAAACCGACAUGCACAACCUCGGAGCACACGCUCUUCUCCGGUCGUCUCACAACAGAUCGGAUCCACGGCAGAACAACCAUCGGCAUCUGAAGAAGUAUCCCACAACUCUAGGCAGUACCAUGAUACCAUUCCCUCACCUCGCCAGGCUUACAAAAAUUUGGACGGUCUCCAGGAUGGCCAGCCAUCUCAGCAAGGCGACAACCAUACCGAAGACCUAAACAGCCCGGCAGGAAGCUUGCACACCGACCUCAUCCCCGCCGAUAUGACACUCGCCGCUACCGAUGCGGUACCUCCAUCGGGAGUACAGGGGGAACAUGGUUUCUCGGCUUCGACGCCGAAGGCAAAAGCCCUGUUGAAGACGCCAAGCAAAAACAUUGCAUCUGAGACGCCAUCGCCGAGUCUGUCACUGCCCUCCGUCAGUGAAAUUUGGGCGACCGCUGCCUCCCACAAUUCGCAUGGCACGCAAAGCCCCUCCCGAACGACGGCAGAGUCCAUUUUGAUUAGAAAGAUACUGAAGGAUGAGGAGUAUGAGGAGGCUAUGCGCCGCAUCGAUGACGAAGAUGAGGGCGAGGAAGCGUUGCUAGGCACGCCCAAGAAGCGACUGUUUUCGAACACGCCUCGGCCUGCUGAUGGUCAGAAGCCAAAUUUCCAGAUACCUCCAGGCAGUCAGGUCAUUACCCUGUCGUCAGACCGAGAAUCCCAGGGAGAGGCAGAGCAGCAUGAAAAGGCGAGCUUGGAUGAAGCCAGUGCCAAGGGCAGUUUGAAAGGUGCCCUCAAGGGGAAGAAGAACCAGGCGCAGCGCAAGAAGGAGGCCAAGUCCCGCGCUGUCAGGACGACGUGCAGCCAGCGCGAUGCGGGAUGCAUGAGUCUAGGCCCUGUGUACAUAGUCUGA